GUGCCGUCGCGUCGGUCCUUUUUUUUUUUAAAAAAAAAAUUACAUUCUUUUCUGUCACCUUAAAAGAACAAAGAACCAAACGGGGAAAUAUUCUGGAAUUCUGAAAUCAGAACCUGAAAAAUUUACCUUGAAUUCGUUUUGUAUACUACCGUUCUUGAGUUCUUUAACGGCGAAAUCUUCGUGCGAUCUCAACGUUCGAAUUCGAGAAUUUUGAGUUUUCGAAUGUCUUCUUCCAGCUCGGGGAGCUCGAUCCCCGCUCCAGAUGCUGUUCAGGUGUUGGUGACGUCACUGGCGGAUGAUUCCUCGACGGUCAGAGGAGCUUCCAUGGCUUCGCUGAAAGAAAUUGCCUCACUGAAUCCGCUUCUGGUUCUUGAUUGUUGCUAUACCGUAUCACGCGGAGGACGAAGACGGUUUGGUAACAUGGCUGGGGUGUUUCAAGUUAUGGCAUUCAGUGUUCGUGCAUUAGAGAAGAAAGACGUUGAUGCAACCUUCAUGGGAAAACUUGCUAAGAUUGCCACUGCUGAAAUUAUAUCCUCCAAGGAACUGAAUGCUGACUGGCAAAGGCAAGCAUCAGGGCUACUCGUCUCAAUUGGAUCACAUUUGCCUGAUCUUAUGAUGGAAGAAAUAUUUCUUCAUCUGUCUGGACCUGGCUCAGCUGCACCAGCUAUGGUUCAAAUUCUUGCUGACUUUGCCUCCGCUGAUGCUUUGCAGUUCACUCCACGCUUGAAAGAUGUGCUUUCUAGGGUGCUUCCUAUUCUUGGGAAUGUUCGUGAUAUACACCGUCCAAUUUUUGCAAAUGCAUUUAAGUGCUGGUCUCAGGCUGUUUGGAUGUACACCACGGAUCUUGUGUCAGAUUCUCCUCUUGAUGGUGAUGUCAUGUCAUUUCUGAAUUCAGCCUUUGAGCUAUUGUUGAGAGUUUGGGCUACGUCUCGUGAUCAUAAGGUACGAGUAUCUUCUGUCGAGGCUCUGGGUCAGAUGGUCGGUCUUAUCACCCGGACGCAGCUGAAAUCAGCGUUACCAAGACUUAUUCCAACAAUACUUGAACUGUAUAAGAAAGAUCACAACGUUGCACUUUUGGCAACAUGUAGUCUUUAUAAUCUAUUAAAUGCCUCUUUACUUUCUGAGUCUGGCCCUCCACUGCUUGAGUUUGAGGACCUUGCAAUUGUUCUGUCAACUCUUCUUCCUGUAAUCUGUAUUACUAGUGAAAACAAAGAGAGCUCAGAUAUGUCUGUUGGAUUAAAGACUUAUAAUGAAGUUCAGCGAUGUUUUCUGACUGUCGGCUUCAUAUAUCCUGAGGAUUUGUUUACAUUCCUUCUGAACAAAUGCAAGUUGAAGGAAGAACCUUUGACGUUUGGGUCCCUUUGUGUCUUGAAGCAUCUUCUUCCAAGGUUGUCCGAAGCUUGGCACUUGAAACGGCCUUUGUUGGUAGAAGCUGUGAGAUCGUUGUUAGAUGAACAAAAUUUAGGUGUACGGAAGGCACUUUCAGAGCUUAUUGUGGUUAUGGCUUCACAUUGCUAUUUGAUUGGCUCGUCCGGGGAAAUGUUUGUGGAAUACCUGGUACGUCAUUGUGCAAUAUCAGACACCGAUAUUGAUGAGAAGGCAAAAAAGGGGCCAUUUAAUCCAACAGCGCUAAGAGCAGUUUGUGAAAAAGGCCUUUUACUCUUGACUGUUACGAUCCCUGAAAUGGAGUAUAUUCUUUGGCCUUUCCUGUUGAAAAUGAUCGUUCCAAGGCGGUAUACUGGGGCUGUUGCAACUAUUUGUAGAUGCAUCUCUGAAUUGUGUCGUCGUAGAUCUACAGCCAACUCCAUGCUGAGUGAGUGUAAAGCGCGCUCUGAUAUUCCCAGCCCUGAGGAAAUUUUUACCCGUUUGGUGGUUCUUUUGCAUAACCCCUUAGCAAGGGAGCAGUUAGCAACCCAGAUUUUGACUGUGCUUGGUUAUCUGUCUCCUCUUUUUCCAAAGAACAUUGACUUGUUUUGGCAAGAUGAGAUUCCAAAAAUGAAGGCUUAUGUCUUUGACACAGAAGAUUUGAAACUUGACCCGUCCUACCAAGAGACAUGGGAUGCCAUGAUAAUCAAUUUUCUUGCAGAAUCAUUGGAUGUGAUCCAGGAUGCUGACUGGAUUAUAUGCCUAGGAAAUUCUUUUGCGAAACAAUACAUUCUUUACACAUCAGAUGAUGAACAUGCAGCACUUCUACACCGGUGCUUGGGCAUCCUUCUUCAGAAAGUUAAUGACAGAGCAUAUGUUCGCGAUAAGAUUGACUGGAUGUACAAACAGGCUGACAUUUCUAAUUCUGCAAACAGACUUGGUUUAGCGAAGGCCAUGGGAUUGGUGGCUGCUUCACACUUGGACACAGUACUGGAAAAGCUAAAAGAGAUUUUGGAUAAUGUUGGGCAGAGUAUUUUCCAAAGGAUCUUAUCUUUCUUUUAUGAUAGCUAUAAAACAGAAGAUAGUGAUGAUAUCCAUGCUGCCUUGGCGUUGAUGUAUGGAUAUGCUGCGAAAUAUGCGCCAUCAUCGGUUAUCGAAGCCAGAAUAGAUGCACUUGUCGGUACUAAUAUGCUUGCACGUCUUCUUCAUGUGCGACAACAGGCAGCGAAACAAGCUGUUAUCACUGCUAUUGAUUUAUUAGGCCGUGCUGUCAUCAGUGCUUCAGAAAGUGGUUCGUCGUUUCCUUUGAAAAGAAGAGACCAGCUGCUUGAUUAUAUAUUAACUUUAAUGGGUAGAGAUGAAAAUGAGGGUUUUGCAGAGUCUAGUCUUGAACUUCUACACACUCAGGUGCUUGCUCUGAAUGCUUGCACAACCUUGGUGUCUGUCGAGCCGAAGCUGACUGUUGAAACGAGAAAUCGUGUUAUGAAGGCUACUUUGGGAUUCUUUGCUUUGCCUAACGAUCCGGCAGAUGUGAUCAAUCCCCUUAUCGACAAUCUUGUGACUCUCUUGUGUGCGAUUCUUCUUACAAGUGGAGAGGAUGGAAGAAGUCGUGCGGAGCAACUUUUGCACCUUCUUAGACAACUUGAUCAAUAUGUUUCGUCGCCAAUUGAUUAUCAAAGAAAAAGAGGUUGUGUGGCAGUCCAUGAGAUGCUCCUCAAGUUUCGCAAGCUUUGUGUUAGUGGCUAUUGUCCUCUUGGUUGUUCUGGGAAUUGUCCGCACAGAAAGCCUGUAGACCGCAAUCUGCAGGGGAAUUUUUCCAGCCUACCAUCGACAUUUUUAUUGCCUAGUCGCGAGUCCCUCUGUCUGGGGGACAGGGUCAUUACCUAUCUGCCACGUUGUGCAGACACAAAUUCUGAAGUUCGAAAAGUUUCUCCACAGAUUCUCGACCAGCUCUUCAGCAUUUCCCUUACUCUUCCAAAAACGGUAGUGUCAAGUGCUUUGGAUACGGAAGAUUCAUAUAAAGCCCUGUCCUCACUUGAGGAUGUCAUUGCCAUGUUGAGAAGUGAUGCCUCUAUCGAUCCGUCCGAGGUUUUUAACAGAAUUGUGUCAUCUGUCUCUGUUUUGUUAUCCGAGGAUGAGCUUGUAGCAGCACUGCAAGGUUGCACUUCGGCUAUCUGUGACAAAAUUAGGCAGUCUGCUGAGGGUGCCAUUCAAGCUGUUACUGAGUUUGUCUCAAAGAGGGGAAGUCAGCUAAGCGAAAAUGACAUUUCAAGAACGACUCAGUCGUUGCUCUCUGCAGCAGUUCAUAUAACUGACAAGCAUCUAAGAAGUGAAGCUCUCGGAGCCAUUUCUGCCCUUGCUGAGAGCACGCAGUCUUCGAUCGUGUUUAAUGAAGUUUUGGCUACUGCUGGAAGGGACAUUGUGACAAAGGACAUAACAAGGAUGCGUGGCGGCUGGCCAAUGCAAGAUGCAUUUUAUGCUUUUUCUCAACAUGCAGAGCUGUCAGUUCUGUUCCUGGAACACUUAAUAUCCGUCCUCAACCAAAAUUCUUUAGUUAAAGGUGAUGCACAUAAAGGAGAGAAUUCUAGUUCUGCUGGCGAAACUCAGAUAGAAGAAGACAUUCUCCAAGCUGCCAUUUUUGCUCUCACUGCUUUUUUCAGGGGCGGCGGUAAAGUUGGAAAAAGAGCCGUCGAGCAGAGCUACUCUUCUGUUGUUGCAGCACUUACUCUUCAGUUAGGCAGCUGCCAUGGACUUGCAAGCUCUGGUCAGCAAGAUCCAUUGCGAGUGCUUUUAACUUCAUUUCAGACUUUCUGCGAUUGUGUUGGAGAUCUUGAGAUGGGAAAGAUUCUGGCUCGUGAUGGGGAGCAAAGAGAGAAAGAAAAAUGGGUUGAGCUUAUUGGUGAUAUUGCUGGCUGUAUCUCUAUCAAGAGACCAAAAGAGGUUCGAAAUAUUUGCAUGAUUUUAACAAAGUCGUUAAACCGCUCAGAAAGAUUUCAAAGGGAAGCUGCAGCUGCAGCAUUGUCGGAGUUUGUACGCUACAGUGGCGAUUUUAAUUCCCUUCUGGAGCAGAUGGUCGAAUCGCUUUGCCGACAUGUCUCAGAUGAUUCUCCGACCGUUAGACGUCUUUGUUUAAGAGGAUUAGUACAAAUUCCAUCUGCUUGCAUGAAUCAGUACACAACUCAAGUUCUUAGCGUAAUAUUAGCCUUGCUCGAUGACUUGGAUGAAUCAGUGCAACUAACUGCUGUUUCGUGUUUAUUGACGGUCACAGAGUCAGCACCCAAUGAUGCAGUUGAACCUUUUUUGAUGAAUUUAUCUGUUCGGCUUCGUAAUCUUCAGGUAAGCAUGAACUCAAAGAUGAGAGCCAAUGCUUUUGCAGCUUUUGGAGCAUUAAGUAACUAUGCCAUCGGAGAGCAUCGAGAGGCAUUUGUGGAGCAGGUACAUUCCACCCUGCCUCGUUUGGUCGUUCACCUACACGAUGAUGAUCCUGGUGUUAGACAGGCAUGCCGAGGCGCCUUCAAACGGAUCGCUCCUCUCAUGGACAUGGAAUGUCCUCCUUCCCUGUUUGAGUCCCGUUCUUUCAGUUCUGACCAUCGGAGCGGAUACGAAGACUUUGUAAGGGACCUCGCAAGGCACUUUGUUCAACAAUCCGUAAGAGUCGAUACGUACUUGGCAUCAACCAUACAGGCUUUUGACACACCAUGGCCGGUAAUUCAGGCGAACGCAAUACAUUUCGCCACCACCAUGUUGUCCCUUUCGGAGGAUCAACACAUAAUCUCUCUCUACUAUCCACAGGUGUUUGGUGUGCUGGUUAGCAAGAUGGGUAGGUCGACCGAUGCGGUUGUAAGAGCUUCGUGCUCAUCGGCCCUCGGUUUGUUGCUGAAAUCAACCAAAUCAACGUCAUGGAGAAUAUCCCGACUCGAUAGGACCGACUCAGGUAGAAAAACAACCGAUCCCGAGUCGGUCAAGAAAUAAAUUAACCGAUCCAACACACGAAUGCAGUUCGGUGGUUAGCCUACACAAUAAUCAUAAUGAUAAUAAACGACCGUUGUGAAUACAAAUUAGACGCCGUUUCGAUCUUAUAAUCUAUGUACAGUGUGUGUGCGCCAAUAUUUUUUGGUUUUACAAGUUAUGUCAUUGUUCGUUUCGUUUUGUUUUAUGUUGCAGAUAUUUUGGUCAUGAAAGAUCACUGUCUUGUUUGUGGUUUGGUUCUGUGUAACAUAAAAGUCUUUGUACAUGGACACCGAAUUCGACUUCUUGUUGCUUUUUUUUUUGUCGAGUUUUU